AUGCGGCGUUCUCGACACCGUGCGAAACGGGUGAAGGGCUACCUCACUGAAGACACCGAGCGCACCCAGGACAUGAUUGAAAGUGAAAGUGGGGUCGCAGAGGUGCUCUUCAUUGCCGUCUUUGUGAUCGGGACAGCUCUGUACUGGGCCUCAUGUCUUGUGACGAUGGGAUGGAGGCAAUAUUGCGGUUGA